CUCAGCCUAGAAAUAGAUGGCAUUCAUUGCAGAUAUUGACUUAGCUUCUCUGAGCUUACCCAAAAGAAAAAAGGAAAAAAAAAAUUGAGUAAAGGAAUAGCUUUUUCAUGAUUCUGCUCUCCACUUCGCCCUUCAACCGCGCUUCGUUGUCAUCGUUUGUCCAAACUUGACUAACCAUUUCCUUCUCAUUUUGAAGACUUUGCCUUUCCACAAACACUUCAACCGAUCCAACACAACCAAAAUCUAGUUUUAGGCUAACGAGAAUUUAAAAAAAAAAAAUGGAGAAAUUAAAUUUCUGAAAGCAAAGAGCCAAAGAGUAUCUUCUUCCAUUGCCAAUCUGGAAUCUCCUUUUCUAUAACGGAAGAGGUUACGACUUCCAAGGGACUGAUAACUAUUCAACCGAAGUCUGUGCCUCAAAAUGCGUUGGUAAUUGGAUUCUGAAUUUGGAAUUUAUGAGCAAAACCCCAUUUUCCUUUUCUUUUUUACAGAUCAUUAUGAGCUAGCUACUCUGUUGGUAGGAGGAAGGGAACCCAAUAAUCCCUACUAAUCCGCUUUCCAUGGUUGCAGUAGGAUUCCCUUCUUCUCCCCUUGAAUUGGUGAUUCAAUCUUCAUCCCUUCUGCCUUGGAUAUUGGGUACCACCCUUUUCUUUUGUUUUCUAUUGGGGUUUUUUUCCCCUUCCGGGGUGAAAUCAUUAGCCAUUAGAAUUUGAUGGAGGAGCAUCGUAAUCGUAUUAUUCCUCUUGGAAUACAUCAUUAGUUUGAUUGCUCUUUAUGGGUUGGAUCCCAUUUCUAGAGAGAGGAACAUAAAGUAACAAAUCUCAUUAUGGCAGUUCUUCCUUCCCGACCAUCAACCCAGAUGCAGCAAACCUGCAUUCUUCAUAUAGUUUUGGAAGGGGAUUGCUGAUAUUAAUCAUUAUUGGGUUUCUCUUUCUGAUAACUAUUAAUCCAUUUAUUGAGAUGCUGACUGACAAGAUCGGAGAAGUUGAGAUUCUUUUCCAUGGGUUACUAUGGUAAAAGCUUGCAUUUUAUCUGCAUCAUCAGUUUCUCUCUCUUCUUUUCAUCUUUUUCCCAAAGUUUACAGAACAACUCUGCUCGCAUUUUAGAUGAUAUUCUUCAACAAUAUGCCUCCAAAAGGCUUUCUCGAUCUCACUCCAGCAUUCCAUACAAAGUUUCCCUUCCUGCAAAUUUAUCAGGUAUGGAAGCCUCAGUUGUUCGGUUCAGGAGUGGUAGCCUUUGGAACAGAGGAGCUAACUUUAGUGGUUUCAGGUUGCCACCCAGAAUCAUGACUUCACCUUACAUCAAGAGAUUAGCUAUAGUCUACCAAAAUCUGGGCAACUGGUCUUCCCAUUACUACAGUGUACCAGGCCAUUCAUUUGUCACUCCUGUGGUUGGUUUCAGGGUUUAUGAUGCCUCCAAUUUUAUCUUCAGUGUCAUUACACCGAUGGAUCUUCGCGUAACUGGGGAUCCCAUUUCUAUCCAUUUCCCCCAGUUCAUGUUGCCUUCAGGGUUGAAUUGGACUGCAAAAUGUGUUACAUUCAAUAUAGAUGGGUCUGUGUUGCUUGCUAACAUGACCCUCCCCAAUGUAUGUUCCACACGCAACCAAGGCCAUUUCUCCAUUGUUGUUGAACAGCCCAAGAGGGAAGUGAGGAAGGAGUGGAAGCUGUGGAGGUGGUGGGUGGGAGCUAUUAUAUGUUUAUUGGUUGGAUUGGUUUCAAUGGGUUUGGUUUGUAUUCUUCUUGUUAGGCACACAAGAGCAAAGAAAAUCAGGAAAAUGGAAAGAAAAGCUGAUCAAGGUGAGUCUUUCAACACAAUCUGGGUUGGAGCUAGUAAAAUGCCUUCUGCAGCAGUAACUAGAACUCAACCAAUCCUUGAGAAUGGUUACGUCCCAUGAAUAGAUUUCUGAUUUCUUCUUCUGUUUUUUUCGUGUCUUUCUUCUGUUACUUAUUUUGUGGUGAGAAGAGUAAGGCUGAGGAUUUCUGUUUUCAUGUACAAAUGGGAAAGGUGUCUUUGUGUUCUAUGUUUUAGAGUAGUGAAAAAAAUUAGUACAGUUUCUUUGAAUUUUGUUAGGGAAGUUACAACCAAUUGUAAUUUUGGGGCUGAAUUCAGAAUGAAAUGGUUGGUGGUCAAGUUCUACAUUAUAUUGAUUGAAGCAUUCUUCUUUGUUUUCUUUAGAGUUCAA